AUGGAGUGUGUAGAAUGGGAUGAGGUCACGGAUGGACAGGGGUUGAUCAUGGAGGACCUUGUUGCCAUGGCAGGCAGUUUGAUGGCUUAUACAAAAUUCCAUAGGGGUAAAGAGACUACAGUGGUCACUCCAGCCUCUGGAGGGGUCAUUUUUCUAGGUACAGGAUACUGGUUCUUUUGGUCCAUUGUUUUGCUGAGUUUAUUUGGGAUCCUGGCUGCCUACUGUACAUUGCUGGUGGUACUUGCAUUUUUGUUGGUUUGGGAAGGGUAUGAACCAAACCUGCACUGGUGUCAUAAGAUCCUGGUUCUGCUAGUGAUUCUGAUAUGCUCAUUUUUUUUGUGGAUUUUAUGCAAGUACUGGCAAGAAAAGUGGCUGACAGCUGGGCUGUCACUGCAGAUCUUUGCUCCCUACGUGCACCUGAGCAGCAUAACUGUGAUGGUUAUCCUUUCCUGGCCUGUAGGCUUCUACUUGAUCCAUUUAGAACAAGAAGCUAGAAUCAGAAGAUACAAGAUGACAUAUUAUGACAGAGAAAGAACCAAGAGAUGUAAUAUACUCACAAAGUUGAGAGCUCUACAGGUGGCUAUUGGACUGCCUUUUUUCCUUAUCCUUUUAUGUCUCUAUGUUAUGCCACUGGGGAUUCAUUCUCCCUGCAUUCAGGAGGAGGGUAAAUUGGGACCCAAGCCAGACUUCUUUGGACAUAGAGGUGCACCCAUGCUGGGGCCUGAGAAUACCAUGAUGUCCUUUGAGAAAGCUGUUGAACAAGGGGCCUAUGGGCUGGAGAGUGAUGUACAAUUAAGUUACGAUAAGAUGCCUUUUCUCAUGCAUGACAAUGACCUGAGAAGAACAACCAAUAUUAGGGAGGUCCUGCCAAAUGCCUCCUUCACACAUGCUAGCUUCUUCAAGUGGAGUUUCCUGUCGACUCUGAAUGCAGGCAAAUGGUUUGUACAAUCACGGUCGAAACCAUUUUACAAAAUGAAACCCCUAUCAAAGGCUGAUCGUGAAAAAGCAGAAAAUCAGACGAUUCCAAAACUAACCGAUUUAUUGGAACUUGCACAGAAGGAAAGAAAAUUUGUGAUAUUUGAUCUUAAUGCCCCUCCACAAAAACAUCCUCUCAGAAACACAUUUAUUCGUCAUGUAGUAAGCGUGAUCCUUGACUCUAAAAUUGAGCAACAUCUGAUUUUUUGGUUGCCAAAUUUCGAUAGGCAGUAUGUCAGAAACGCAGCUCCUGGUUUUCAGCAAGUGGGCCGGUUAUUUUCCAUUGAACGUCUUACAAAAGAAAAUAUCAGUAGAAUAAAUGUUGACUACAAGAGGUUGUUUCACAAUGGGUUGAGGUAA